AUGUCCACUGCCGCCCCCGACCUGCCCCCCGAGGCCCUGGAACUCGCCCAGGCGCUCCUGCACGCGUCGUCGACCGAGCCGUCCUUCACCAUCGCGGCCCUGCUGGAGCGUCACGCGCCGACAUGGUACCAGGACGAGGACCUCGGCUUCUCGUGCCUGCACCACGCUGCGGAGCGCCGCGAGCCCGCGAUCGUGAGGCAGCUGCUGCGUGCCGGCGCGGUGUGGAACGCCGUCGACCACUGGGGCCGGACGGCGGGCGAGGUCGCCCUGAGCUUGGGGGACAAGGAGAGCUGGGAGGCGAUCCGGAACGAGGGCGUGCGCUCCGAGAUGCUCCACCACGCGCUCAAGGGCGACGCGGGCAACGGCGUCGUCACGCUCCGCGCAGAGGACUCGUCGUCGGCGGGCGAUAACCUUGCGUUCCUGGCCAGCGAGCUCACGUGGGAGACGGGCGCGGACGGCCGCGAGCGCGUGCUCGACGCCGAUGGGAACGGCGUCAUGAUGGGCUGGGAGGAGCCCUUGAUGCGCGAGCACGUGCGCCUCAUGACAGCCGACCAUCCCAAGGCUGGUGGGGGCAUGUCGAUUCUGAACGUCGGCUAUGGUUUGGGCAUUGUCGACCGCCUCUUCCAGUCCACCUCGCCCGCGUCGCAUACCAUCAUCGAGGCGCACCCGCAGGUCCUGAAACACAUCCGCGACACCGGCGUGGACAAGCUGCCCGGCGUGCGCAUCCUCGAGGGGCGGUGGCAGGACUGGGUGGUUGGCGACAAGCUGGGCGAGCUGAUCGCUGGCACCGAGGACGCGAUGGGCUUUGACGCCAUCUUCGUGGACACCUUUGCGGAGGGGUACGAGGACCUCAAAGCCUUCUUCGAAGUCCUCCCCGACAUCCUCGAGGCCGAGGCCGGCGUCUUCUCCUUUUGGAACGGCCUGGGCGCGACCAACCCGACCAUCUACGCCGUCUCGUCGUCCCUCGCCGAGCUGCACCUCGACGACGUCGGCCUCGAUACUGUGUGGCACGACGUCGCGAUCCCCGAGUCGCUCGCAAGCGAGGUGUGGAAGGGCGUUAGGAGACGAUACUGGGAGCUGCCGGGGUACAAGCUGCCCGUGAGCAAGAUGCGGCUGAUGUAGGGGGCGGGUAAUGGUAAUUUGAUGCACUGAGUAGGA